AUGCCCUUUGUUGAGUGCGCCGUGCCGCCCACGCCCAGCCCGCUGAAGCACGCGCGAGACGGCCUGCCCCGCGCCCAGCUGCUGCUGCUGCCGCUGCCGCUGCCGCCGCCGCUGCUGCUGCACCCCCUUCCCAUCGCUGUCCCUUUCCAGCACAGCUUCAUCUUGAAGCCACACAUCCCGACUUUCCUAGUCGGGACCCCUGCCACGGCGGCACGCAGCACAGCCGUCCUGGUCCAACUACUACCAGGUACAGUCAACCCCCCCACGACCCAUUGGCCCCCCUCAGUCAGCAGCCUCGCCUCGCUCCAGCACACACACAGGCCCGUAAUGCAUGGAGCCGUCAAUCUCGCGAACACCGUCCGCGCGCCUCCCUCGGGCCAGCACGCCAGCAGCACGCUGCGCUCUGCCAUCGCGCCCCCAUCUGAGGCCUACCACUACCGUGCGCCUUUUCUCGCAAUCACAAUCAUCCAAGCGGGAAACCGUUCGUCGCCUUGGCACGCUGACGUGGAGCGCCGCUUUACCCGACACUAG